AUGAAGUUGUCAACCCCACAUGACGAUGUUCUGCGACGGCAAUCGACCAGUCUGGACGUGCUUGACUCAACCCCGGAAUCCUCCAUGGGCCGACUUUUCUGCUCGUCUAUUCUCUCUCCUCUUCGCAUUAACCCUCGCCUCCGUUCUCUCCCUCUCCCUCUCCCUCUCCCUCUUCCCCUCCAGCGCACUCCCUUCUCACUCUCCGCCCGCCUGCAAUCCACCAUGUCCAACGUCGAAGAGGCAAAGCGCGCUGCCGCGACCACCGCCGUCGCCAACCACUACCCCAAGAACGCGCAGUGGGUUGGUAUCGGCAGUGGUACAACCAUUGUCUACGUCGUCGAGGCAAUCAAGGCCCUUGGUGUCGAUACCUCUGCCACUCGCUACGUUCCCACGGGAUACCAGUCCCGCCAGUUGAUCGUCAACGCGGGGUUGACAGCCGUCGAGUUCGAUGCUAUCCCCCGCGGCGUCGUCCUGGAUGUCGCAUUUGACGGCGCGGACGAGGUUGAUGAUGAGCUAAACUGCAUCAAGGGUGGCGGUGCCUGCCUUUUCCAGGAGAAGCUGGUUGCCAUGCAAGCGAAGGAGUUCAUUUGCGUCGCUGACUCCCGCAAGCUUCAAUCCCGCCUCCUCACCAACUGGAAGUACAUCCCUAUCGAGGUCGCCCCCAUCGCCGCUUUCCGCGUCCUUAGAAAACUGACCGAGCUGGGCUCCAUCAACCCCACCAUCCGCCCCAACUCCACCCUCAAGGAGGGCAACUUGAAGACCGAUCAGGACUUCUUCCUCAUCGAUGCGCCCUUCCCGCCCUUGCUUAUUCAGGCUGAUCUCGACGGCGGCCUUAACGGAACUGGUACUGGCGGUGUCUGGGAGGUUAGUCGUCUUGCGCGCGAGAUCAAGCAGAUUGCUGGUGUUCUUGAGGUUGGCAUCUUCUACGGCCAGACUGGACCCCAGGCUACCGCCGCUGGAGGUGUUGGUGGUCAGCGCCCUGUUGCUGCUUACUUCGGUAUGCCCGACGGCUCUGUCUCGGUGCGCAAUGCUAUUCAAUAG